ACCAAACAUAUACACCAAAAAAAUUCAUGAUAGCUAUUUAGCAAUCAUAAUAACUAGUUCAUAGCCAAGGUGAUAAUAUGUCUCUAGAGACUGAAAUCUUAUACUUGAACAAACUAGAGCCCAUUGAAAAUACAUUAAUAUACUACUGAUUGGAUCUAAGAACGUAUCUGGUUAUAGACCACAAAACUGUUUCUUCACUAACUUAUUAGUGACAUAGCUGUGCUUCACUGUUUCCAGCUUCCUGAGACCGAUACUUGAAUUGAAGUUAGGCAAAAUGUCAUGGCGCUUCGAAAACUUCACUUAAUGGCUCAACUUUGAUCAUUGUGUGUUUAUUGUCUUCUUCAGGUUCUUUGCUCUCUAAUUAACGUUUGACAUCUGACCACUUUUCUCAUUUGAGUUAAGAAAUACGAUGCGGAUGUAGACAAGCAUUUCUAAACAGGAGCUUGAUGACUGUAUAUGGAGCAAUAAAAGUGCCAAACCAUGAGCUCUGCACCAUGAUAAAUGUUUGGUUCACUACAAAGCAGCACUCCUAGUAUACAGAAUUACACUACCGGUUAUUGCACACACUGAGAUUUUAUACAUUUGCAUGUUACUCACUUAACAUUUACAAAAAUAAUACUCAAGAUGCUUUGCUAACGAAUAAAUUUACAGUAUGUUCACCAUAUGAGUACCUUUACUAGCGAGAAAAUGUCCUAUUUUUGAUUCAUUCAAGUAAUCUGUAGUGUGCAAAAACUUUUAACUGGUAGUGGAUCUUCUAGCUGCUUACAUUGGGGCAUGUUCCGUGAAGCAGGAUUUCUCAGUUAACUGCGUUAGGUUAAGCUAGAAGUCAUGAUUGUCCAUAGAGAGUUUAGGUAAGAGGCAUUGGACAAUCAUGACUCUACCUUAAGUUAACCUUGCUACAUAAGAACUCCUGCUUCAUGGAAAACCCCCCGGGCAGGGUGCGGGGGUGUUUUGAACCAAACAGGUCGAAACAAGAUUUCUGAAUGUGAAUGAAAGACCUGUAACUCUGGGAAAGCAUUUGCCUACAGAGCUAAUAGGUCCAGGGGAGAAUCGUAAUGAAAUAACUAGUGGUGGCAUGUAAGCUUUGAAUAAGGCAAAAAUUUUAAGCGAUCAGGUAUCUCCUGCAUAAUGAUGAACAUUAUUGGGUUAAAUCUUAUUUAUUAAACUGUGCUUGCAGGAACGGUUUAAAUAUUUUUGAACGAAACAUUGUAUAAUUUAUACAUAAAGGAUUUUGUGAGUCUGUCUUUAACAUCUUCCCGUGUGCUGGGAAGAGCAGAUAAUUAAUUUCUGAUAUAUAUUUAAAACAAUUUCCAACAGAUUCAACUAAAGAAGAUAAUGCUGAAGACACAACGGAUGAUCCAGGUCAAAUUGAGCACACUAAAGGAUGUAAAACAGUCAACAGAUAUCAGAGCAAUUAACUGUGAUAACACAACGAUGGAAACGAGCAAGGAUGAGAAAGGGGAAUUAACUCUUCCACCAAACUGUGAGGCAGCUGAUGGACGGCCGUUGGAGCUCAUGACAAAGCUGGAGCAGGAGAUAUCUGAGCUCGAAAGGCAAAGGGUGGAACUGGAGCAGCUCUCUGGCACAGAGGAUCAAAUCCACUUCCUACAGCUCUUCCCAUUGCUAUGCACCAGUAAAGACUAAGAACAUGUCGCCAGGGCUGACGAUAGACACAUUUAAUGAACACGUGGUCUGUAGAAAACUGGCUAUGGAAGACAGCCUUUGAUCUUCAAGCAACAUGCAACUGGUGGUUAAUGUACUUGUGCACGUCUAAUGGGGAAUUAUAAUUAUACAUUAUUUGAUGAUUGUUUUCUUACUGUAAUUUUUUUAGUGCAUUCAUAUGUGCCUGCAGGACCUGUAGAUUUAUUGUUUUGUGAGAAGAGGGCAUUUUCUCACGGAAAGGCAGUGCCUUUGCAAGAGAGCCAAACUUUCAGCUAAGUCUGCCUUGUGCCAACCUGUCUGUUGAGAGGUACAGCAGAGAGCUGAUGAGCUAGAGCUUCAGCUAAGCAGAAUCAUGUACCAUUCAAUCAGACCAUUAUAAAUAACUGUUGCAAUUUCAUUGCAUAAAUAUUAAAAUGAUCGUAGUCAAGGGCGGCAUGGUGGUGCAGUGGUUAGCACUGUUGCCUC